AAAUAUGAGAGGAAUAGGGCAGAAAAAGUGUAAUUUAGCCAUUCCGGAUAGGCAUAAUAAAGUAAAUUAAUUGUCCAGGUGUUCGCCUGUGUGGAGUCAAACAUCAUUUAGAAGAAGUCGGAAAGCAGGAAGAAAGGGAAAGAGAGGCGAAGGCUUAAUCCGCCGUGGGUUUGCUCUGGUGGUUUUUUUGUCCUCAUUAUCACUCUCUCUCGCUCUCUAAUACUCUCCACGACCGGCGGUUAUAAGGAUUUUGUGUUUGUUAAAAAGCUCUUGGCAGUCCGCCUUGACAUGCCAUGAACGUUACGUUCUAUGGCUGCUGGAUAAGAAUUGCUAGAUUUCGCAGUUCUAUUCAUAUCCCGCCCUGACUUUUUCCGUUACCUGCAUUGUCCAAGUUCUACUCAGAACGGAACCCUAAUACGGCGCCUUUUCCAGCUCUUCUCUUUCGUUUUCUUCACCAUCUCUUGCAAGCUCGCUCUUUUCAAUCUCCCUUUUACAGAAUGGAAGAUACUGAAAUGCUGAGUCAAGAUUUGGAGGCUGGCAAUGAUGUGAACCUUGUUGAUGCCAGUGUUCAGGAGGAAGUAUCUUAUGACCGUCCGCAAAAUCAAGAUGCUAGUGUAAAUGGAAAAAUAUCUGCUGAGGAUAAGACUGAUGCAUUGCAAAGUGAUGUCCAUAUGAACGAGAAUGAAGUUGUGCCCGAUAAUAGAACCUCUACUGAUGCCACUGUGAAUGAUACUCUUAGUAAUGAAGCGCUGGAAACGAAAAAUGAUGGUGAUGGUAUGGGUACCCAUGUUCAUAACCCGGUAGAAACUGUUACUCCCCCUCCUCAGAGAAAGUAUUCAAAUCCUAGACCAAAGCAUGAGAGCGUGGCGAAGUUAAAGAGUGUGUGGACUGAUGUUGAGAUGGGGGAGGCUGAUGAAUCUGGGACCCCAGAGGAGAGAGCAGCAUUCAUGAGGGAGCUAGAAACUUUCUGCAGGGACAAUGCCCUGGAAUUUAAGCCUCCAAAAUUUUACGGAGAGCCAUUAAAUUGCCUGAAGUUAUGGAGAGCUGUUAUUAAGUUGGGGGGCUAUGAAGUGGUCACUGCAUCCAAGUUAUGGCGGCAAGUAGGAGAGUCUUUCCAUCCCCCUAAGACUUGCACAACUGUUUCUUGGACAUUCCGCAUUUUCUAUGAGAAGGCACUUUUGGAAUAUGAAAAGCAUAAGAGGCAAAAUGGUGAGCUUCAACUCCCUAGUUCACCCCUGCAUCAGCCUGCUAGCGUUGAAAAGGAGGUAAGUGGCUACCAAGCUUCAGGAUCUGGUAGGGCAAGAAGGGAUGCUGCAGCUCGUGCUAUGCAGGGUUGGCAUGCUCAACGUCUUCUUGGAUAUGGCGAGGUUAGCGAGCCAAUUAUUAAGGAGAAGAGCCUCAAUUCUGCACCAAGGCGUGAAAAACCCCUCAAAAGCAUUGGUCUGCAUAAACAGAAGACUAGUCUGGAGCAUUCUGACAAACAUGCAAUUAUUGAAACAGAUAAAGAGUUAAGACUGGAUAUGGAAAUUAUUGACGUUGGACCCCCUGCUGAUUGGGUGAAGAUUAAUGUUCGGGAAUCCAAAGAUUGCUAUGAGGUGUAUGCUUUAGUCCCUGGGCUUUUGCGAGAGGAGGUUCGAGUUCAAUCAGAUCCUGCUGGACGCUUGGUUAUAACAGGUCAACCAGAGCAGCUUGACAAUCCUUGGGGCAUAACGCCCUUUAAGAAGGUUGUAAGCUUACCUUCAAGAAUUGACCCGCUUCAGACAUCUGCUGUUGUUAGCCUUCAUGGCCGACUAUAUGUUCGCGUCCCUUUCGAGCGAGGAUCAGCUUGAGUUUCUCCUUUUUAUGCACAUCAAGGGGAAAAAUUCAAAAUUUUUAGGAGACUUAAGGUGCAAUGGUCAAAAUUGCAGUGAUGCUAUUGCUGGGACAUUUGUUUCUUACUUUGUUCAUUAGUAAUUUGUAGAAACAGUUCAACACGUGACAUUUACAAUUUAGUUUCAAAGAUUUGUUAGAUGUUAAAGUUGAAGCAUGUCUCAGGUAAAAUGAUGUAACCCUCUGGAUUUUCCUGUAGUUCAUGGUCCUUGAGUCAUGAGUAAAAGCCAGCAGAAGCUGCUGGUAAGACCUGGUUCAGUUGCAGCCAUCCUUGGAAGUAGUUAAUGAUAUAAUCCACGCAAGAGAGCUUAAUUAAUUGGCC